UUCAUCCAGCAGAAUGCAUCUAAGUGCUGCAGCUGCCUUUUCCCUGUUGCUGGGCAUUUCAUGGUGUUAUAGACUACCGAUAUCGGACGAAGAUGAUAGCGAUGAGUUCACAAAGCAAGAUUUUGAGUUUGCAGAGCGCUAUCUAAAGACCCAUUACAAUCUCCUGUCCAAUCCUGCUGGCCUGCUGCGAAAAUCAGCUGGUACAUUUGCUUCCAAACUUCGAGAAAUGCAAGCAUUUUUUGGACUGGAUGUCACAGGCAAACUAGAUGAAGACACAUAUGAGCUGAUGCAACAGCCACGCUGUGGUGUUCCUGAUGUGGGGGAAUACAACUUUUUCCCUCGAAAGCUGAAAUGGCCACAGAAUAAUUUAACAUACAGGAUUGUAAAUUACACCCCUGACCUGAAAAAGUCUGAAGUGGACAGAGCAUUCAGGAAAGCUUUCAAGGUUUGGUCUGAUGUGACACCGCUCAACUUUACAAGAAUUCGCAGUGGUACUGCUGAUAUCAUGAUCUCCUUUGGAAGGAGAGAACAUGGUGAUUUCUAUCCCUUUGAUGGACCUUCUGGACUCUUGGCUCAUGCUUUUCCUCCUGGACCAAAUUCUGGAGGAGAUGCCCAUUUUGAUGAAGAUGAGCUGUGGUCAACUGAUUCCAAUGGAUAUAACUUGUUUCUUGUGGCUGCCCAUGAGUUUGGUCAUUCUCUGGGACUUGAGCACUCCAGAGACCCUGGAGCAUUGAUGUAUCCAGUUUACACAUAUACAGGAAACACUGGCUUCUUACUUCCAGAUGAUGAUGUACAAGGAAUCCAGGUUCUUUAUGGCAAAGGAGACCAUGAUCCUCAUCCUGAUGAUCACCCCAAAACUCCUGAGAAAUGUAGCCCAAACCUGACUCUUGAUGCUAUCACAGAACUUCGAGGAGAAAUGAUGAUCUUUAAGGACAGGUUCUUCUGGCGCCUACAUCCUCAGAUGGUUGAUGCAGAUUUGGUACAAAUUAAGUCCUUUUGGCCAGAAAUCCCCAGCAAGAUUGAUGCAGCAUACGAAAAUUCUGAGAAUGAUCAUGUGUUGCUUUUUAGAGGCCGGAAAUUCUGGGCUUUAAAUGGCUAUGACAUAGUAGAAGGCUACCCAAAGAAAAUUUAUGAACUGGGUUUGCCAAGAUCUGUGAAGGCGAUAGAUGCAGCUGUCCACAUCAGCGAAACAGGCAAAACUCUCUUUUUUGUUGGUGAAAAAUACUGGAGCUAUGAUGAAAAUAGCCAGGUUAUGGAGAAAGACUACCCUAGAUUUAUCGAGGACGAUUUCCCAGGAAUUGGUCACCGAGUGGAUGCAGCCUAUCAGAAAAAUGGUUAUAUAUACUUUUUCAAUGGAGCAUUGCAGUUUGAAUUCAGCAUCUGGAGUGAAAGAAUUAUUCGGGUCCUGAACACCAACUCAAUUUUCUGGUGCUGAUCAUAUUGAGCCAAGUUCUGAACUGUACAAUGAGUUGUUGCCUAUGAAAAAUAAGAUUGUGGGUGUUAAAGAGUUUUUGCUGUUGUUUUUAGCCUAGAAGCUUGAUUCUGUGAACAAGCCCUGGCAAUUCAGCCACUGAUUUUAUACUGUAUAUAUGGAAAUGUUUAGUAAAACAAACAUCAGUCUGGAACUGAGUUAUAUGAAAAAGUGAUAGCAUUUGUAUUUCAUAGCAUUUUGUAGGGCAUUACACUAUUUAGAAGUGAGGAAGAAGACAACCUUAAUGUCAGGUUCUGAUGGAAAGACUGCCUCUGUACCAUUAUAGUAUUCAAGAGCUGAAGAUCAAUUAGCACCUAGAGAAAGAAAUUUAGCACAUUUUAGGGUGAAGUCAUCCCAAAAUCUCCAGAAAAUCCAGAGGUUGCUUAACUGUGUAAUGUGUCACUUGAGUGUCUCUUCAUGCUUUUCUUCCUUGUAUUUUAAUGCUCCAUUUCCCCUGCACUUUCUCCUGUCUGCACCAACCAGAUUGUAUUUGUUCAUCUAUUUAUUUAAAACAUUGGCUGGCCACUUGCAGAGCUAGAAGAAUCUACCUUUGAGAUGUUAGCUCCCAGAAACACCUGGCAAGCCACUGUCUGCUCUCCAGACUAGAUGGUUUGCAAAUGGUUCCUUUGUUGCUCCUCCCAAGGUGACUAGAAAUGCUGGGCAGUAGCAGUGACACAAAGUGUCCCUUCCAGAAUUUGUGGUGUUCUAACCACCGGUGCUCUUCGAAUUGUAUAUUAUUGUCACAUUGGGCUGGAAGAAGAAACAGGAGCUAGUGGCCCAUCCCAGCUUGAGAGGUUCUCAAAAGAGUCCAAAAAAGUAACAUUUCCAAGUUCUUCUGAUAUCCCAGCUAAGACAGAGUGCCUAUACAGCAGGGGUGGGGAAGGUCCAACCCCUAGAACACAUACAGUCACUGGAUAUGGGCCACUUUUGGGGCCUUGGAGUCUCUCUCAGUCUUUCAACCUCUCCUGAACCCUACAAUAUAUUUUUAAUGACAUAAUUUUUCGGUGAAGAUAAUCCAAAUGUCUCAUCCAUAGCACCCAUGUUAGUUUGCAGAAUAAAAAGGAGGAAGGGAGGGGAGGGUUAAAUGAAAUGUGGCAAUACCUUUAAAAACUAGUUAAGACUAACUAGUUUUUUAUUUUUUGCAUGAGCUUUUGUGGAUGUCAAGCCACUUCUUCGGAUGCAUUACCAAGUGGUAUUCAGGCCUCAGGUAUAAAGCAUAUUCUUUCCCCUCUGUUUCUCCUCCAAAAUGGCACCAGGAAGUGAUGUGGUAUGAGUUACUGCUGCCAUUUUGAUGGAGAAACAAAGUGGAGGGGAGAGGUAUUUGGGCAUGCUUGAGGAACUAUUGAACGCCAACAUCUCAACACUAUUACUAAUUAGUGGAAUUAUUUCCUUCCUUGGAACUAUUGAAACUUGAGCCAUCGCUAUAUACUACACUACAUUUUUUCACCUAUUUUGUAUUUAUUCUAAUACCUUCUGGAAAUUCUCAGCAUAUGCUGCAUUUAAGGUACUGGUUAUGUCUCUUCUUUGUUCUCUGUUUUUAUACAUUGCUGAAUAACCCAUAGAAAUGUGCAUUAAUGAUGGGUCUUAUUUGCUCAAAGCAAUUUCUAUUUAAACUAAAAAAUAAAGCAUAUAAAUGUUGACACGGAAA